CCUGGGCGCGACACUUCAAAUAAUGCAUAGCAUAUUAAGUAGCGCUUCAUCCUAGUUGCAAGAGGUCCUCGAGCUCUGCCGAAACCACGCACGCAUGCGCUGAACUGAACACGGCUUGUACACAACGUCGCUGCCAUGGCUCUCGCUUCUCGCAAUGUACUCGCACGUCGUGCUGGGUUGAGCGCUGCUCGUCGCCCAGCGCGCUCCACGGUCGCGUGCUUGGCAUCUGGGCGCGUUAAACAAAUUCCUAUUUUCCCCCUGAAUGUCGUGGCGCUACCAGCGGCAACGGUGCCCCUCAUGAUCUUUGAGGCCAGGUACCGAGUGCUCUUCAACACGAUUCUUGCGGGCGAGGCUGGCGUGGAGGAGGGUCUGGUUCAGGCUGACUCGCCCUUCUGCGGCAGCCGCAAGUUCGGCAUGUGCUAUGUGGACGGGCGGGCGGACCCCAGCGGCGCCUCGCGCAUGGCCUCCAUCGGCACAGUGCUGGAGGUGGUGGAUUUCGCACACGUGCAGGACGGGCGCAUCUUCCUGACCACCAAGGGCCGCGAGCGCUUCCGUGUGCGCUCCAUUGUGCGCGAGCGGCCCAUCAUGAUCGCCGAGGUGGAGGAGCUGGAGGAGGACGCCGACGACGGCGAGGAGGUGACGGUCCUGGCCAAGGAGGUGUCGGACCUGCUUCGCGCCACCAUCAAACUCAACGUCAAACUCAACAACGUGGAGGCAUCAGACGACCAGCUGGAGCCUGAGGAGCUGGCCGGCCUGCGCCCCCGCGACCUGUCGUACUGGGUGGCGUCCUUCUUUGCCGACAUCAAGGUCCUGCAGCAGAGCCUGCUGGAGGAGGACACCACCACCAAGCGCCUCACGCGGGAGAAGGAGAUCCUGUCUGACACGGUCAAGCACUACAGCGCCGUGCUGGCGCUCAAGAGCCUGGAGCUGUCCUCGGCAGCCAGCAAGGAGGGCAAGGGGGGAGACGCGGCGGGGGACAAGAAGGACUGAAGGAGGGAGGGAGACACACGCUGAGAGGCUGAGAUAGAGAGCGGGAGGCGGGCGCACAGGCGAGCUGCAGGCGCUGGAAGUGUGGCAUUUUGAGACGGGUCAUCAAAAGUUUUGGUGCAUCGAUGGCUUGUUGUGGGCUGUGGAUUGCAGCUGCUGUGGGCUGUGGUGCGCGACUGCUGCGGCAAGAGGACGAGAGGCGAGGGCUGCGCAGGCGUGUGAAAGAAGUGGCACACCUGUGUGCUUGUUGGUUGGGGUGGAACUGCACUGCGGCUAUAGGCGGCCCCCACAGCCAUAAUGCAUCCAAGCGGCAGCGGACGAGUGUGAGGGGCGAGUGCAGGUGUGAGACCACGCGAUACAGGGUAGCAACUACGCGGGAGCAGACCUUACUGGCUUUCUCAGCUUUCAACACGGUGUGUGCCGCACGUCGCCGAUUGUACAAAUAGAUGGGCGGCCUCGCGGCCGGCUGAAAUGGAAGGAAUGCAACAUGCGAGGGAAUGAGCAGAUUUGCCAGGCGUUGGUCUGUGUGCUGUACCGUAUGCGGGUCUGUUACGUAGUGUUGUGUGCAGGCGAUGUCUGGGGGACCAGGCGCUUGGCCACCGUUCCGGAUACGGCAAAGCCUGGCAACCACAAGAAGAGUCAUGGUGGCAACCGCCCAUGGUGGCAACCGCCCACCCGAGUGGUCCCAUAACGACACCCGUUGUCAAUCACCUGGCCUCU